GCAGCUUAGAGGUGGAUAAAGUUCGUCUCCACGUUGGAAGUGAUUUAAAGUAUUACCAGUUUUCGGAGUCUGUUUUUUAUAGUUAUUAGAAAGAGAGGAUAAUACGAACCCGGAGGUUUGAGGGGUAAAACAAAGCAGCUCGGCGGCAAAAGAAGUUUAUUUUCUUGUUUUGGUUUGUCGAUGAGGGGACGGUUCACAAAGGAAAACUUUUCUCGGGACGCAAAGUUGUCAAGUGAGUUGAACUCCCAACAAUAAGCAGCCUCCGCCGCGGGACAGACUGACACCCAUAUGUACCCAGAAACAGUCGGACUCUUUAUUUAAACACGAAUACUUGGAGUGAUAAGAAUUAAAAAAAAGUUUUAUGUCUAGAAAAAGCAGUAAAAUGGAAGCGACCUUCUACGACGAAGCUGUUAACGCCUCCAACUCCCAGCAUGACGGCGCGGCUGUUUACGGGUUUAACCCCAAAACACUGAAACAAACCAUGACCCUGAACCUAAACGACCCGAAACACUUCAAACCCGGGCUGGGGGCCAAGGCCCUGGACAUUCUGACUUCGCCUGAUGUCGGGUUACUGAAGCUGGCCUCGCCGGAGCUGGAGAGGCUGAUCAUCCAGUCCUGCAGCGGGUUGACGACCCCCACCCCGACCCAGUUCGUUUGCCCCAAGAACGUCAGCGACGAGCAGGAGGGAUUCGCCGAGGGGUUCGUAAGGGCCCUGGCUGAGCUCCACUACCAGCAGAUACCCGCCGGAACCAGCGGCGGAGCGGCUCCAUCAUGCGAGGCCGGCGGGAUUCCCUACAGCUGCACGGUGCGCACGGAACCACCCGAAUACACCAACCUGGCCGCCUUUAACCGAACCGUGGGAUCUGCGUCCGCACCUGUUUCAGAGAGGCACCCGCCCACUAGUUAUCCAGGAGCGCCCCCCAACCCCGCGGACCACCAGCUGACGGCGGCGCAGCAGCAGCAGCACCCGCGGCUCCAGGCGCUGAAGGAGGAGCCGCAAACGGUGCCAGAUCUCUCCGGGGAGACGCCUCCGCUGUCCCCGAUCGACAUGGAGACUCAGGAGCGCAUCAAGGCGGAGAGGAAGCGCAUGAGGAACAGAGUGGCUGCGUCCAAGUGCCGGAAAAGGAAGUUGGAGAGAAUCUCCCGGCUGGAGGACAGGGUGAAGAAUUUGAAGACCCAGAACACGGAGCUGGUUUCCUCCGCCAACGUCCUUCGAGACGAGCUGGCUCUGCUCAAGCAGAAGGUCAUGGACCACGUUAACAGCGGCUGUCAGCUCAUCCUGACGCAGCAGCUCCAAGCUUUCUAGACUGCAAAA